AUGUCUCAAGAGCAGUCUGUCUGGCGGUUCAGCGAACUUGGUGCUGGUCCAACCGCACUGAAGCAGCAUCGUGAGCCCGUCCCAAGCCCGGGUCCUGGCCAGUAUCUCGUCCGCAUCCAUUCCGUCUCUCUGAACUAUCGUGACGUCGCGAUCGCCAAUGGAACAUAUGGUCUCCCCGGUAUCAAGGCGGGUGUAGUCCCGUGCUCAGAUAUGGGCGGGGAAAUCGUCUCUGCAGGACAGCACGCAUCCAAGUUUCGUCCCGGCGAUAAGGUCACGGCCAUCUUCAAUCAGGAGCAUUUCUACGGACCCUCAGUCAUGGGCGGCCAGUUCCUUGGGGGUCCUCUCGACGGAACGCUCCAGGAGUACCGCGUGCUCGACGAGAUCACAUUGCUUCGCGCGCCGGACUACCUCUCGUAUGACGAAAUCUCCACAUUCCCCAUCGCAGCCGUGACCGCCUGGAGCGCGUUCUAUGGAGAGAAGAAGCUGCUCCCCGGUCAAACCGUGCUCCUCCAGGGUACUGGUGGCGUCUCCAUGUUCGGUCUCCUCAUCGCCAAGGCUGCCGGGGCUCGAACCAUCAUCACGUCCUCCUCGGACGAAAAGCUCAAGUUCGCGACAAAGAUGGGUGCGACGCAUACCAUCAACUACAAGCGCACACCAGACUGGGAUGCGGAAGUUCAGCGGCUGACGAAUGGGAUCGGCGCGCACCACAUCAUUGACAACGUUGGUAUCAAUGAGAUCGAGAAGUGCUUCAACUCGGUAGCAGCAGGCGGCGUCAUCGAUAGCAUCGGCUUUCUAGGAGGUCCACCAAAGGCUACGCCCAACGUCCCUCUGCUUGCUCUCUUCAGACAGGCUUCCCUGCGUGGAAUCGGUGUCGGUUCAAAGCAGCUAUUCGAGGAGCUACUGCAGUUUUCCGAGUUUCACCAGAUUCACCCUCACAUCGACCGCGUAUUCCCAUUUGAGAAGGCCGUGGAGGCUCUUCAGUAUCUGGAGAGCGCGCAGCAUUUCGGAAAGGUGGUCAUCCAUGUGACGUCCCACUGA